AUGGAGGCAGACGACGCUCAAAAGGCACUGCGGCUUGCCUUCAAGCACGACGCAAACGGCGAUACGGCAUCUGCCAUCAAAUGGGCCAAGAAGAGCAUCGCCAUCUUCAAGACACCCUCGGCGGAAGCAUUGCUGGUACGACUCGAGAAGAGCGGUGCCUCUGGCAACGCAGCAUCGGCAUCUGCUUCGACUUCGUCCGCCUCUGCCACUGCCGGCGCUUCAUCAUCAUCAGAAGGUCUUCGAUCCCGCGCGAGCGCCUCGACGAACGGACGCUCCACCUCUGAGGCGGCGCCAAAGCGAGCCUACACCCAAGCGCAGAUGGAGGUCGUGACGAGGAUCAAAAAGGCAGGCGCAGACUUCUACCAGGUGCUUGGAGUUGAGAAGACCGUAGAUGAGAAUGGAAUCAAAAAGGCGUACAAGAAGCUGGCGCUGCAGCUACACCCAGAUAAGAACGGCGCGCCCGGAGCAGACGAGGCAUUCAAGUCCGUCUCUAAGGCGUUCACCAUCCUCACCGACGCAGAUAAGCGAGCAGCAUACGACCGAUACGGAGGCGACCCGGACAAUGCAAGGUCAGCGGCAGGUGCGGCAGCGGCAGGUCACGGCAACCCAUUCGGCGGCAUGAGAGGGACACCGUUCCGUGGUGGCGGCAUGUACGGCGAUGAAAUCGAUCCCAACGAUCUUUUCAACAUGUUCUUCGGCGGAGGUGGUAUGGGCAUGGGUGGUGCACAAUUCGGCGGAACCACGUUCACAUUUGGUGGUCCUGGCGUGCGCACACACCAAUUCCGACAGCAACGUCCAGGUCAACGUCGAGCACAAGCCGACCCACAAAACGCCAACAUCCUUCUGCAGCUUCUCCCGCUUCUCGUACUCGGUCUGUUCAGCUUGCUCGCGUACGCACCGUCGCUUUUCUCGACGCCCGACCCGAGCUUCACAUGGCAACCCUCGAGCCUGUACAAGACGCAGCGCAUGACGACAAAGCAUCAUAUUCCCUACUACGUCAACGACCAUCAGUUCAACAACCACCCAUUUGUCACGGGCGAACGCAGCAGCAAGGAUAUCGCAGGCUUUGAGAAGCGAGUGGAGAAUGCGUACAAACAGGUCAUGUACUCGAGCUGCGAAAGGGAAAGAGAGUAUCAAGAGAGGAGGUUGGCAGCGACACGAGGGUUCUUGGGGCUCGGCGCUGACGAGGUGGCAGCCAAGAAGAUCAAGGAUGAGGUUUAUGCUAGUUGCGAGAACCUCAAGCAGUUUGGCAUUUACUUGUAA